GGCCCCGGAUAGGCUCGCGGCGGGCGUGAUGUCACGUCCGGCGGGGAAACCCUGCCCCGGCACCCCGCCCCCCACAGGUGCCGCCGCCGCCCCGGGCGCUGGGCGUGGGGGCCGCCCUAGGGGACCGGGACGCGCUUGCCCGCCUCCCCGCUGCAUCCCAGCAGCCCCGCGGCCGCGGCCCCGCGAGCGCCCCACCCGGGAGGGGGAGACCCCGCGCUCUGCUGGCCGGGACCCCCGCCCCGCCGCCCGCGCCCCGCCACCCGCGCCCCGCCUGCCCGGACCCCCGCCCCGCCCCUCCCCUCCCCUCCCCUCCCGGGCCCCCGGGGCCGCAGCCGCCUGGGAAGCCGAGCGGGACCGCGCGCUUCGGGCGCCCUGGGGAUCCGGCCCCGCGCCUCUGCGCCGUGCACCCCGGCCCCGCACCCCGGCCCCGCCGGCUUUUGUUGUCGCCGCCGCGGGUCCGGGGCGCUGUCCUCCCUCCGCGGCCCGGAUCGGGGCGCCGCCGGCCGCGCCAUGGCGCUCGGGGCCCCGAGCUGGUGGCUGCUGGUGGCCGCCGCGCUGACCGCCUGCGCCCGAGGGGACCCGGCCAGCAAGAGCCGCAGCUGCGCGGAGGUCCGCCAGGUCUACGGCGCCAAGGGCUUCAGCCUCAGCGACGUGCCCCAGGCGCAGAUCUCGGGUGAGCACCUACGGAUCUGCCCCCAGGGCUACACCUGCUGCACCAGCCAGAUGGAGGAGAAGCUGGCCAACCGCAGCCGCUCAGAGCUGGAAGCAGCGCUCCUGGACUCCGGCCGUGCCCUGCAGACCACGCUGAGCGCCCAGCUGCGGGCCUUUGAUGACCACUUCCAGCAGCUGCUCAACGAGUCGGAGCGGGAGCUGCAGGCCGCCCUCCCGGUGGCGCUGGGCGGGCCAGACGGGCCGACGGCGCGGGCACUGCGGGACCUCUACGCCGACCUGCGGCGCUUCUGCCGCGGGGCCAGCCUGCAGCUGGAGGACACCCUGGCCGAGUUCUGGGCGCGCCUGCUCGAGCGCCUCUUCCGCCAGCUGCACCCGCAGCCGCCGCUGUCCGAGGACCUGCUGGACUGCCUGGGCCGCCAGGCCGAGGCGCUGCGGGCCUUCGGGGACGCCCCUCGGGAGCUGCGCCUCCGCGCGCCCCGCGCCCUCCUGGCGGCCCGCGCCUUCCUGCAGGGCCUGGGCGUGGCGGGGGACGUGGUCCGCAGGGUGGUCCAGGUGCCCCUGGCCCCCGAGUGUUCGCGUGCCGUCAUGAAGCUGGUGUACUGUGCCCACUGCCUGGGCCUGCCCGGCGCCCGACCCUGCCCGGGCUACUGCCGCAACGUGCUCAAGGGCUGCCUGGCCAACCAGGCCGACCUGGACGCCGAGUGGAGAAACCUGCUGGACUCCAUGGCGCUCAUCACGGACAAAUUCUGGGGCCCCGCGGGCGCAGCCAGCGUGCUGGGUGGCGUGCACGUGUGGCUGGCCGAGGCCAUCAACGCUCUGCAGGACAACAGGGACCUGCUGGCGGCCAAGGCGGUCCAGAACUGCGCGACCCCCCACACGAGCCCCCAGAGCCCCGAGGAGAAGUGGCGUCCAGACAAGCUGCUGGUGCCCGAGAGGCCGCCUGUGGGCGCGCUGGAGAAGCUGGUGUCGGAGGCCAAGGCCCAGCUCCGCGAUGCGCAGGACUUCUGGGUGGGGCUCCCCGGGGCGCUGUGCAGCGAGCGGCUGGCCGCCAGCCCGGCCAGUGAUGAGCGCUGCUGGAACGGCCAGGCCAAGGGCAGGUACCUGCCAGAGGUGAUGGGCGACGGGCUGGCCAGCCAGAUUAACAACCCCGAGGUGGAGGUGGACAUCACCAAGCCCGACAUGGCCAUCCGCCAGCAGAUCAUGCAGCUCAAGAUCAUGACCAACCGGCUGCGCGGCGCCUACAAUGGGGAAGAUGUGGACUUCCAGGACGCGGGUGAAGACGGCAGCGGCUCUGGCAGCGGUGAAGGCUGCGUGGAGGAGGCUUGUGGGCGGGCAGGAAGGAAGAGCCCCCGGCCGCGGCCCCCGCUGACCCACACCCUGCCCGGCCUGUCGGAGCAGGAGGGACACAAGACCUCGGCCGCAGGCCGCCCCCAGCCCCACGCGGCGCUACUGCUACCGCUGCUCCUGCUCCCCUCCCGGUGGCGGUAACGCCCGGCCCGGGGUCCGAGGCCAGACUGAUUUUGCCAAACUGCAGACGGACACUAUUUAAUUCUCCUCGGCCACGGCUGCUGCCCGGGCUCUGCUGCCCCCUCUGGACUCUGCAUGGGGCCCUCAGGUCAGCCGGGCACGGCGGCCCCAAAGCCAUGCAUUUCAGGGACCCCACGGUGCUGGACCCUCGUGCCCCCGCCCCCGGCCGGCAGGGGAGGCCCCCUCGGCGUCCCCCCCUCCAAGCAAGGGAGCCUGUGCCUUCCUCUCCCGCCGCCUCCUGCUGGGCCCCCAGGUGCUGGCCGGCGAGGGGGACACCACGGUUGGGUCAGCGGGGCCUCUUGAGUUUAUGCACCAACCUCAGGCUCAGGUGGCCCCAGUGACCACUGGGGGUGUCCGCCUUUCCGUCCAGACUUCAGCUCCACCGGCAGCCAGCCACUGGGACAGGCGCCCCGGGCUCUGCCAUCCACUGGCUUCUGGGCCGGAGAGCACUGCCCCUGCUGUCCCGCUGUGGGUGGAUGGGCUGCUCUCCUGGCCCCGGGGCCGGGUCAAGUCAGGGGCCCUAGGUCAGGGAUGGAGGUGACCGGGGCCGGGGAGUUAGGCUCAGGGCAGAGCAGGCUGGGGGGCGUGGCUGGUCAAGGCCUUUCUCGGGCACCAGGACGUCGUGCCUCUGGGGACCCCUCACCCCUUGGCCAGGGGCAGCUGCCUAGUGGCUGGCACUGCUUUGCUUCUCUGGGCUGGUGGCCGGGCCCCUGGCAGGCAUCCUCCGCGGGUGUGGGGGCUCCCGCAUGAUGAUCUGUUUAUGGGGGCUCCUUCCUGAGAGGGUGGCCCCUCAGCUGGAGGGGCAUGUGGUCACCCGCCCAUGCCUGCUCUGAGUCCUCACCAAUAAAAGGCUGGACACCUCUG